AUGGCGGGACCCAAACCUGCCUCAAACGCCCCAACGCCACGACGAACUGCGGACGAGGACCCUUGUGAUGUCGCUGCAGAUGAUUCUGAAGAGCAACCGGAUGGGGAAGACCCUGAAGAGCAACAGGGCGAGGAAGAUGACGAGCAACCACCAAUGCCAAACAACUAUCUGUACCAUCGUCCCCGAUGUAUCUUUGGUCUUCUCCCUCUAGCUACGAGGCAGCACGCGGUAUUGCCAGACGCUGCAGCUAGGACCUUGGACUCAGACCGCAUCUUCGCAGUGCAUACCGAUGUCCUCCAAGCCAAAGCCCCGAGCCUCUACGACGAUGUGCAAAGAGCGUUCGCACAGAGCCCGCCUGCCACAGUCUGCGAAUUGGCCGAUGUCGAUGGGGAUAUCCUCGCGUCAGCACUGGCGUGGUUGUAUACUGGCGAGCUUAUUUCGUAUCGGAAGCCCAAAGGAGUUGAAAGCCUUGGAGAGGCCGUCUCACCUCGUAUGGCUAAAGGCAAUGGUGGACGGCUCGAAGCUAAGGACAUUACUGUCUGGGAAGAUGAGGAUCUCGUUGCCGUCUAUGCUCGUGCGAAGAGAUGGGACAUGCCAGACCUGAUGGAUCUCGCCAUAUCCCAGCUAUGGAUUCAGAACAAGCUGGCACAUCGAAGCGUCAGCGCUAGGGCGGUGGCAGCGGUAUUCGACGACGAUGAGCUUUCUGGCUCAUCAAUGGCGGACUUCAUUCCUGCGUACAUAGCCGGGGUUCUCCGAGCAGUCCUUGAUGUGCAGAAGCGGCCCGAGUGCUUCUUUGCAGAACAGACCCUUUGCGAAAAUCACAGCCAUUUUGGGAUGACUAAAACCUGCAACGAGGUAUUUGAAAACAAAAGGCCGCCUAAGAAAGCUCUUACGCGAUGCUAUCAGCUCCCCUCGCCACUGGAAGAGGCCGUGGGAACCAUUACAGUAGGACAUCGGGCGAUGCAAUUCACUGUACACAAAGCGCUGAUGUCUGACUGUUCGACGUUCUUCAAGGCGGCUUUUGAAAGCAGGUUUCAGGAAUCUGGGACUGGUGACGUGGUAUUGCAAUCGGAAAGACCGUCGAUUGUCGCUCUGAUGCUCGAAUGGGUCUACACCAGGCGCCGGGCAUUGCCAGCACUCGAGAACGCACAAGCGCUGGAUGCUCUGGAUGACGUUGGAAGCGAUUUCCAGUCCCGUGUCUUUCGAGCAGAGGCCUCGAGAUACCGGGAUAUUUUCAACCCUGAUGGUGAACGGAACCCGGCCUUGACGGCGCUGUUUCAAGAUGACGAUGUUGACCUUUACAUUCUCGCCGACCGCCGCGGUGUACAAGACUUGUGCGAUAGUCUUAUACAUCACUUCAAAGUCGAUCGCUUGGAGGAGAAUCCUUUGCUGACCUCGUCAACUGCGCGCGUUAAGAAGGCAUACGAUGAGCUACCAGAGAAUUCUCCGUUGCUGCGAUACCUGGAAGAGUAG